AUGGGGCAAACCAUGUCAUGGCUCGGUUCAUUGUCCAGCUUCUUUUCGUCAAAGAAGGAAAUCCGGAUUCUGAUUCUCGGACUGGACAACGCCGGCAAAACCACACUUCUCUACAGACUCAAGAUCGGCGAGGUAGUAACAACGAUACCAACGAUCGGGUUCAACGUCGAGUCCGUCACAUACAACAACCUCAACUUCAACGUGUGGGAUCUUGGUGGACAAACUAGCAUCAGGCCAUACUGGAGAUGCUACUAUGCCAACACGGCGGCGGUCAUCUUCGUGGUGGACUCGACCGAUAUCGAGCGGUUGCAGACAGCGGCGGAUGAGUUGGCGGCCAUGCUGAACGAGGAUGAGCUGAAGGAUGCCGCGCUGUUGGUAUUUGCCAACAAGCAGGAUCAACCAGGUGCGAAGGGUGCGGCGGACAUCUCUCAGGCGCUCAGGCUUGGCGAGCUGAGGGACAGAAACUGGAGCAUCGUCCCUUGCAGUGCCGUUGAUGGCUCUGGUGUGGAAGAGGGAAUGAACUGGCUGUCGCAAACUGUAGCACAGGAUUAG